AUGAGGUUCAGAUUUCAACCGCCAGUUCAACUGUCGUCGUCAGGACAUCAUCUCCUUCCACUUCCAACUCCUCCGCCAUUUUUGUCAUCAUCACCAUCUCUCUCCACCUGCUCAAUCUCCCAUCACCACCGGUUAAUGUUCUCCACAUUUUUACUGCUUGGUACUACUACUCCUAUGACUAUGGAGAAAACAGCUGUGAAUUUGUUGUCGUUUUGGAAUUGUCACAGCAGCAGCAGCAGCAGCAGCAGAUGCACAAGUUCAUUUGGAAUAGCGUUUGAUAUAGAUGGAGUCAUCCUCCGCGGCCAAAACCCCAUUGGAAAUUCUCCCGCAGCUCUUAAAAGAUUGUAUCAUGAUUAUUCUGGGAACUUGAAGAUCCCCUUUCUGUUUCUCACAAAUGGAGGUGGCACCCCAGAGUCUAGAAGAGCCUUUGAGAUGAGUCAACUCCUAGGCGUCAAAAUUUUACCAUCUCAAGUUGUACAGGGGCAUUCAUGUUUUAGAAGCUUGCUGAAAAGGUUCAAAAAUGAUUUCAUUGUUGCAACUGGAAAAGGGGAACCUGAACUGGUGAUGUCUGAGUAUGGUUUCAGAAAUGUUAUCUCACUGGACGACUAUGCAUCAUACUUUGAUAACAUUGAUCCUGUAGCUCAGUACAAAAGCUGGAAGGUUAAGCAGGAAUCAAAUAUGCUACCAUUUUCAAUGAAGUCAAUUCAAUAUGUUUCCCUCGACAGAGUAAAGGCUGCAUUUAUUGUUAGUGAUCCUGUUGACUGGGGGAGAGAUAUUCAGGUCCUUUGUGACAUUUUAUCCUCUCGAGGUCUUCUUGGAGGGGAGGAAGAACAUCAGCCACCGCUAUUUUUUGCUGCUGAUGAUCUUCAAUAUCAGGCUGCAUUUCCUUCCGAGCGUCUUGGCAUAGGUGCAUUCAGAAUUGCCCUUGAAAGUGUCUUCAACAGAAUUCACGACAUGCCGCUGGAGUGUACAGUUUUUGGGAAGCCAAAUCCAUUUGUUUUUAGGAAUGCUGAAGCUAUAUUAAGGCAUAUUUGGGCAUUCUCAUGUCAUGGUAAUGCCAUUAGGCCGGAAGAUGAAGACUCGUCGUCACAUUCUUUUAAGACCCUCUAUAUGAUUGGUGACAAUCCUUUAGUAGACAUCAAAGGGGCAUUACAGGCAGGACAUCCUUGGUUUUCAAUUUUGACUAGAACAGGUGUAUUUAGGCAAACGGAAAAUCAUGCUGAAUAUCCAGCUGAUGUGGUGGUUGAUACAGUGGCAGAGGCGGUUGAUUUCAUUUUGGAAAGAGAGAGUGCUCCUUAGUUGGAAGCCAAAGUUUGAUACUUUGCCCAAUCCAUAUUCUUCAGCACGUUCUUUACCUUCCAGUUCAGUGCAGCAGACUUUGCAUUCACGAUUAUCAAUUCAGACCACAAACUAUUCUCCACUCAGUCCCUGUGGAAUACUUGCAAUUGAAUUUUGAUACCAUAAGCAGUUGUCGUACACUUCUGCUCACAGUUCAGCUCAUGGGAACUAAGCUGUGCUGUGCACCAGCAUUUUGAUCCGAUAACUUUGUGUUUUUACUGUUUUCUGUCAUACGUAUCUAUAUAUGGUCUCUCCAGGAUGCGAAAA